ACACACAAGAGCAGUCAGCAAUACCUAAUAGGAUUGCCGUGCAGAAAUCAGUCACUUUGAGCAAAACCCACAUCGCUGCUCCAGCACCGGUGGAAGAAAGCGAUGUUGUGCUGCACCACUUCAGAGGGCAGUUAAGAGUCACCCACAUUGCUCUGGGUCUGGAGUCACAUGUAGGCCAGACCAGGAACAGGAACCAUCGUCAGAAUCAGUCCAUCACUGCAGAACACAGGCAGCACUUCAGAGCAGAUUCCAGACCCAGAAUGGCAGGAGACACUGACAUCCAACUUCUCAGGGUGAUCAAAGACCUACAAGCAUCUAUCGAAGAGCUUCGCAAAGAUCAGGAGAGGAAUCAACUUCCCAUCACAGAUGCCAACCCAGUUCUCCACGGUCUGUGCACAAGACUUGAAUACCUGUUACAGUAUGAUCAGAAGGAGAAGAAGACGAUGUUUGGGAGCCGAAAGGAUUACUGGGAUUAUAUCAGCCUGUGCCUGAAUAGUCACAAAUGUGGAACAAAUGCUGUGCAAUUUAUUAACCACACAACACAGUUGAACACCUCCCUGGGGAAGGGACGAGCUUUUAUCCGAUACUGUCUGGUCCAGCAGAAACUGGCGGACUCGUUACAGCUGUGCUUCCUCAAUCAGCAGCUAGUCGGUGACUGGUAUUAUGCGCGGAGCCCAUUCCUGUCAGACAGGCUCCGCUCUGACAUCGUGGACAAGUUAUACUCCCUGAAUGAAAUAAACUUCGAUCUGGAUUUGGAGGGUGUCAACUUGGACACAGCCUGGCCGUUGGGCAAAUGCGAAUAUAAGAUUCCCAGGAGGACAACAACAAAUAGAGUUCCAUUCAACAACCUGUUUAAGGGGCUGUUCAAGAAGCCAAAUUACUGGCUAGGAAAGGAACCUGAGCAUGAGAAGCCAGCGGCUAUCGGAAGGAUGCAGAGUUCCAUGAAAUCUGAAGUACCAGGAAUACCAUCAGGAGCAUCGGCAACACACAGUGCUUCAAAGGGCCUCAGUGAUCUGCAAGGAAACCAAGAACCAAAUCUGGAAGUGUAUGGUAAUGGCUCCAGGUCAAAUCCAUGUCAACAACUACAAUCUGAACAUGAUGAGCAGGUGCACCGGCAUGAAGAACAGAACAUAGGAUUGGUUAGCAACUUGAAGCAAGAGCCUAUUGGAUCAGAAGUGCCCAGAGGGAGCAGCCGAGUUGCAGUUCAGAGAUCUCAGGAAGUUGUAUCCACCUUAACAACAGAUGAGAAGAGAGAGACUGAACUUGAAGUUAUAUCAGACCAGUGGUCUCUCUUAGAGAAACUCAGCAUAGAUCUAACUGAGAAAAAGUGUGUCAUUGAGCAACUAAACUUUCUACUCAAAGAGAGAGAGCAGACCCAUGAGGAGGAGUCCUCCAAACUUCAGCAAGAGAUCUCAAACUUGAAGGAAUUGCAGAAGAAUAUUGAGGAACAAUCAAACAAGGUGGAGCAGUUGGAGGACAGUAAUAACUUCCUGAAUGAAACAGUUGAGGAAAUGGAUAAGAUUCUUGAUGAACUGAAACAAGCCAUGGUUGAGAAAGAUCACGAGAAUAUGUUACUGAGAAAGGAGCAGGUAGAAAAGAUGGCAGCAGCCCAGCAGAUCCAUGAGGCAGAGUUGGAGAAACUGAAGUUCACGCUCGGCAAACAUCAAAAGGAAGAUGAUGGAUUGAAAGGAGGUACUGACGAAAGGCUCAAAACAGCGAAGGAGGAACUGAGAAACAAAAAGCCAAUUCCGGUUCAAUUUCAGAGUAAGAUCAAUUUGGAAAAUCGGCAUCAGUUGAAUGAGAUGGAAGAGCUACAGAUCAAGCUGCAAAGCAUGGAGUCUGUCAACAAUUCACUUGAAGAAAAGUACAAAGCAAGCCAACAGGAAGUCAAAGAAUUAACAAUGUGUGUCAUCUCACUUCGGUCAGCGAUCAGCAAACUCCAAACUCCUGAGAAACAGCUGCUUCAACAGAGUGGUGCUGCUUUUCUCUCUCCUAAUGGCAGGGAGUUAAAGCUGGCAAUCGACAAUGGGAAUCCUGAAGAAAACCUGAGGGAAGGCCAACAUGAGUUGGUCGAUCAAGAGCUGGAAAGGACUGAAUUCAAACAGGAAGAGACUGCAAGUUUGGAAAUCCUCACAGCCUUGAAGUUGGAAGACCAACAGGCCAUGGUGAAAGAGGAGAACACAAACAUUGCCGCAAGGGAAAGGGAAGAUCUAAAUGUUUUGAAGGACAAAUUGGAGGAGAUUACUCAGAAAUUAGAAGCUUCAAAUGCAGAGAAGUUAGAAGCCAAACAGAAACUAGAGGAAACUGUGGCCCAGCUCCAUAUGUUAAUGGCAGAACAAUCAAGCACAGAAAACCAAACAACAGAAUUGAAAGACCAACACGUGGCUCAUGAGGCGGAGAUGAAGGUGGAGUUGGCAACAUCUGCAAGAAAUCACACAGAAAUGGUGGUGGUACAUCCUGAAAGUGCUGAACUGAAACAGAGUUUGCAGGAGGUCUGCAAGGAGAGAACAACUACACAGAGAGAGCUGAGCGCAGUCCUUUCUGCUCUUGAGCAAUCUGAUCAGGAAGUCACCAGGGUUAAGAAGCAAAUGGAAGAGCUGGAGAACGGUCAUAGGCUCCAGGUUCAAGAAAUGCUGGGAAGAAUUGAGACCAUUGAAGCUGAGAGGGAAGCACUGGAGCAACAGAAGGAAGACCUGAGGAAGACAGUUUCCAUUCUCGAGGAGGACCUGCUGUACCUAAAGGACAAUACUGCAAAAGUUGAGCUGACUAAUGACAAAUCUCAAGGUGAGAUGGAGAGGGCCCAGGAAAAGGUGAAGCAAUUACAAGCACAGCUGGUAGAGCUGUCUGCUGAGAAGGUUGAACUGGAGGGACAGAUUGUCAGGUUGACAAAGCAGCAAGAGGAUGAUGCAGCUUGCCAGAUGGAGAGCGCACGGGACAGCAAGGAGCAGCUGGCAUCCCUUGCAAAGGAAAAUGAAGAACUUUGUGCGGAAUUGCAGACUGUGAGGGAACAAGUGAGCUCAUUGCAGCAAUUGUUGGAACAAACGAGGUCAGAGUUUGAGCUGGAAAUGGCCAAGAAAACAGCUGAAUGUAACAGGCAAACAGAGGUACAAACUCAACCUCAGUGGCUGUGCCAAACAGGGACAGUCUUUUGUCUAUUACUUUGCUAA